AAACUUGAAGUUGUGACGAUAGUAAAACCCAGACGACAAGACAAACAUUCACAACAUUCAUAUUUUCCGAGAGUGGCCAUGCUUAUCGAAAACACGGAUGUUUGCGUCAUUCAAGAGCCACUUCUCAAUCUCUUUCAAUUCGGCUAAAUAUAAGAAUGAAUUUCUUAAUUAAAAAGAUAUUGCUUUAUUCUUUCAAAAUUCUCUUCCACGUAGACAAUCAGACCACCCCAUUCAAGUGCUAUUUUGGAAUUUUUCGAACAGCAUAAAAAGGGAGGGAGUUUGAGCAAAAGGUACAUCGUCCGAUAGCGGUACAACCAUGGCUAGAGUUCUUCGCUUCCUCGCUGUUUUACUGGCAGCUAUAGCUGUCGUAAAUGCUGAAACCUUUGAAGAUAAUGCUGAUAAUCCUGAAGAGGUGGCAGCGAAAUCCGAGCUUCUAAACUUAAAUGAAGGUUUAGAAAAUCCUGCUGAUCAAGUAGAGUACAAAGCCGAAGACAGCGAAGAAGCGGAAGAAGAACAACUAGAAGAUGCUCCUAUCGAACGAGACACCAUGAAAGAAGAAACUCUAUACGAGGCCACCGAGGAUGACACUCAGAAGGAGAGUGACCCAGGCGAAGACAGCGAAGAAGCGGAAGAAGAACAACUAGAAGAUGCUCCUAUAGAACAAGACACCAUGAAAGACGAAAUUUCAUACGAAGCUACUGAGGAUGAUACUCAGGAGGAGAGUGACCCAGCCGAAGACAGCAAGGAAGCGGAAGAAGAACAACUAGAAGAUGCCACUAUGGAACAAGACACCGUGAAAGAUGAAACUUCAUACGAGGCUACUGAGGGGGAGAGUAACCCAGCCGAAGACAGCGAAGAAGCGGAAGAAGAACAACUAGAAGACGCUCCUAUAGAACAAGACUCCAUGAAAGAAGAAACUUCAUACGAAACUACUGAGGAUGACACUCAGGAGGAGAGUGACCCAGAAAACAGUGAAGAAAACGAGGAAUUGGCCGAAGAGCAAGAUGAAGACUAUUCAGAUUCAGACCGAGAAGAGGAUUUCUUAGACAUGCCAAAGGAAGACAUUGCUAAUCGUCCUCCCCUGAGGUGUGGUCUGCGUCCCUACAACCCAAAGACUCACAAAUGCUGCAUCUACGGAAUACUGCGUAAGGUGGUUUCGAGAUAUGCAUCUUGCCCUCGUCCUCCCCCGAAGUGUGGUCUGCGUCCCUACAACCCAAAGACCCACAAAUGCUGCAUCCGCGGAAUACAGCGUAACGUCGUUCCGAGACAUGUAUCCUGCCCUCGUCCUCCCCCGAAGUGUGGUCUGCGUCCUUACAACCCAAGGACCCACAAAUGCUGCAUCUACGGAAUACAGCGUAACGUCGUUUCGAGAUAUGCAUCUUGCCCUCAUCGUCCCCCGAAGUGUGGUCUGCGUCCUUACAACCCAAGGACCCACAAAUGCUGCAUCUACGGAAUACAGCGUAACGUCGUUUCGAGAUAUGCAUCUUGCCCUCAUCUUCCCCCGAAGUGUGGUCUGCGUCCUUACAACCCAAGGACCCACAAAUGCUGCAUCUACGGAAUACAGCGUAACGUCGUUUCGAGAUAUGCAUCUUGCCCACGUCCUCCCCCGAAGUGUGGUCUGCGUCAAUACAACCCAAAGACCCACAAAUGCUGCAUCCGCGGAAUACUGCGUAACGUCGUUCCGAGAUAUGUAUCCUGCCCUCGUCCUCCCCCGAAGUGUGGUCUGCGUCCUUACAACCCAAGGACCCACAAAUGCUGCAUCUACGGAAUACAGCGUAACGUCGUUUCGAGAUAUGCAUCUUGCCCUCAUCGUCCCCCGAAGUGUGGUCUGCGUCCUUACAACCCAAGGACCCACAAAUGCUGCAUCUACGGAAUACAGCGUAACGUCGUUUCGAGAUAUGCAUCUUGCCCACGUCCUCCCCCGAAGUGUGGUCUGCGUCAAUACAACCCAAAGACCCACAAAUGCUGCAUCCGCGGAAUACUGCGUAACGUCGUUCCGAGAUAUGUAUCCUGCCCUCGUCCUCCCCCGAAGUGUGGUCUGCGUCCUUACAACCCAAGGACCCACAAAUGCUGCAUCUACGGAAUACAGCGUAACGUCGUUUCGAGAUAUGCAUCUUGCCCUCAUCGUCCCCCGAAGUGUGGUCUGCGUCCUUACAACCCAAGGACCCACAAAUGCUGCAUCUACGGAAUACAGCGUAACGUCGUUUCGAGAUAUGCAUCUUGCCCUCAUCGUCCCCCGAAGUGUGGUCUGCGUCCUUACAACCCAAGGACCCACAAAUGCUGCAUCUACGGAAUACAGCGUAACGUCGUUUCGAGAUAUGCAUCUUGCCCUCAUCGUCCCCCGAAGUGUGGUCUGCGUCCUUACAACCCAAGGACCCACAAAUGCUGCAUCUACGGAAUACAGCGUAACGUCGUUUCGAGAUAUGCAUCUUGCCCUCGUCCUCCCCCGAAGUGUGGUCUGCGUCAAUACAACCCAAGGACCCACAAAUGCUGCAUCUAUGGAAUACUGCGUAAAAUCGUUUCGAGAUACGCAUCUUGCCCUCGUCCUCCCCCGAAGUGUGGUCUGCGUCCCUACAACCCGAAGACCCAGAAAUGUUGUGAUCGUCGAAUAAUUGUUUCCAUAUAUGGUAGUUGCCCUCUGAAGUACUAGUGGUUUCUUAAAAUCCAGUGAUCUACAAGGUACCUUGACCAGAGAGUCAACGAAUUUUUCCUCGUGAGAGUUUACAUAAAAAGUAACAAAAUGGGUAAAGCUGCACUACUUAAAGUAAAACUUAUGAGCAAUUAAUAUGCUAAUCUAAC